GGGUAAGUAGGGUAGUUUCUAAGGGGACACAAACCUGGAUCCCUUUCCAUUCUCCCACUUGAGGACAUUUCCUGUAGAAAAGUUCAGCUGGUCCUGUUGUGCCCAGAUUUCAUGAUUCCCAAGAACCCACAGGGAGCCAGCGAGUCCGAUGCAAAAGCAAAGAGUCAUUCAUUUCAAACCUAGGUUUGGCUCCCCUGCCACACUCACCGAUGCAACGAUCUCUGGUUACAACAUGAACAAAAGACCAAUGAGCAGCCCUGUACUAGUCCAGAGCAAGGAAUGGUAGCGGCUGGAUUCGGUGGUAGCAGAGAUGAACAAAGCCAGAGAGGAGAAUGCAUAGUUUGUGAAGAGUGCAGCCACCUCCCCCAUGGCUGAUGGCUGUAUUGAUGAACUUCUUCAUUCACUUAACAAAUGCUUGAUGCUCAGGUUCAAGUCCCAGCUUAGGCCCUAAACCUGUCUGGGCAUCAAGGGGCAAGGCCUAAAAGAAGCAGAGCUCAGCUAGUGUGGGGGACAGCUGCGCGGCUGGUUCUUCAGAAGAGAACCCCUCCGCGGCCCUACCACUAGAGCACUCCCGCGCAGAAGCAGGCUCACAUUCCAUCUCCUCCCUCCUCCCUCCUCCCCGGUCUGCACCAGGUGUGCUUCCCAAAAUUGCCCUCCAGGGAAGUGAAGGAGUUAAGUUUCCGGCUCCCCUUACGGGAGUUUACUUGGAAAGUUUACGGGAGUUUCCAACACAAAUCUCGAUGCUGUCAGACAGAGAAGCCGCGGGGCACGGCCCCGACAUCCCAAGCCUGGCUCCCUAGUUCCUGGACGCCGGCCGACCAGGAAGCACGGGUACCAGGAAGAAGCAGAAGGCAGAGGAGUGCCGGCAGGAGGGCGGAGCGGACCUCUGUUACGUGCAGGAUCACGCCCCUUGGGGAGGGCGCUGCGCCUGCGCCGGAACGGCCAUCUCGCUCCCGGAAGUGGAGGGUGUGCCAGGAGAGAGCCGCUGGGUCUCGGUGCCCAGAGGCAGAAGCGCUCGCGAAGCUCGCCCGUCAGCCCCCGACUGCCAUGUCAGCCUUUGACACCAACCCCUUCGCGGACCCAAUGGACGUAAACCCCUUCCAGAACCCUACCUUCCUCAAAGCCCUGCCUAGACCUCUCUUCUCCUCCCUUCCUGUCUUCAUCCUGCCCUGAGUUCUUGUGCAUGUCUCAGCUACCAGAUCGUGGACUCCAGAAGGAUCCCUCUGUGACCCAGCUGACCAGUGCUCCACAAGGUGGCCUGGCUGAAUUCAACCCCUUCUCAGAGCAGACAAAUGCAGCAACAACGGUUCCUGUCACCCAGCCUCCUGGGCCCUCGCAGCCAGCGGUUCUCCAGCCCUCAGUGGAACCAACCCAGCCAACCCCCCAGGCUGUGGCCUCUGCAGCCCAGGCAAGCCUACUCCGGCAGCAGGAAGAACUGGACAGGAAAGCAGCCGAGCUAGAACGAAAAGAGCGGGAGUUGCAGAACACUGUGGCCAACUUACAUGUGAGAGAGAACAAUUGGCCGCCUCUGCCUUUGUGGUGCCCUGUCAAGCCCUGCUUCUAUCAAGACUUCUCCACAGAGAUCCCUGCUGACUACCAGCGAAUAUGCAAGAUGCUUUACUAUCUCUGGAUGUUGCAUUCAGUGACUCUGUUUCUGAACCUGCUUGCCUGCCUGGCCUGGUUCUUAGUCGACAGCAGCAAGGGAGUAGACUUUGGCCUCUCAAUCCUGUGGUUCGUGAUCUUCACCCCCUGUGCCUUCCUUUGUUGGUACCGACCCAUCUAUAAGGCCUUCAGGUCGGACAACUCUUUCAGCUUCUUCGUGUUCUUCUUUGUAUUUUUUUGUCAAAUAGGGAUCUAUGUCAUCCAGUUGGUCGGCAUCCCUAACCUGGGGGACAGUGGUUGGAUUGCAGCCCUGUCUACGCUGAAGCAAGACUUGGCUGUGUCGAUCAUCAUGAUGGUGGUAGCUGGCUUCUUCACACUCUGUGCUGUGCUCUCACUCUUCCUUCUAAAGCGGGUGCACUCUCUGUACCGCCGGACUGGGGCCAGCUUCCAGCAAGCUCAAGAGGAAUUUUCCCAGGGCAUCUUCAGCAACAGGACCUUCCGCAGCGCUACCUCAUCUGCUGCCCGAGGAGCCUUCCAAGGGAAUUAGUCCUGACUCUCUUCCCUGUGUCCCAGCCAUUUUUCCUGCCUGCCUUCUGAGCUGCACUUUCCGUGGGUGCCUUAAGCAGUGCUAUGGCCAGCACAAACCUGGAGAGGGUCUUGCUGUGGCUCUUCCUCCUUCCUCAGCAACCAGCUUUCCCUUCCACCCAAGGGAAGGGGAGGGAGGGACAGGAACUUUUUUUACAUAAGAGAAAAGGGGGGAAAAAAAGUUUUUUCUUCUCUGGUGGUGGUUUGGUAGGAUUCUUUUGUCCCUCUGAAGCAGUGGGACUGAAGUUCUCUUUUCCCUACACACACACACAUGCACAAAUGUACACACUUGGGAUCACUGGCCAACCUGGGCCCACCCAGCUGGCGUUGUAUUUCUGCCAAGGUCAUGGGCCUCCACUCAUCCCCUAGAAACCUGGCCUGAAUCUGGCUUCACAGCCCCAGCCUGUGGCUUCCAUAGUCCUGCCCUCCCUUCCUGCUGGGCUGGGAUGACCUCCCAAGGGCUCCCCUUUAGAUGAGCUAUGGCCUGGGCUGGUGGACAGCUCUGUUCCCCCAGAUCACUCUGAUUAGGUCUCUGGGCUUCCAGAACCUCUGACCGGUUCCUCAGCCUCUUCUCUGCUUCAUGUUUCUCACAAACAGAUUCAUAGCCCUAUCGGCCACCUGCACCUUCCAACUGUGGGCAGCACCCUGUGUCAUCUGGGGCCCUCCCUGAGCCCUCCCCUCCUUAGACUUACUGAAUGUGCAUUGGGGUUGGUUGGGAUUUGGGAAUGGACAGGAACAGAGGACAACCUGUGUUGUCCUGCCCAGCCUUUAACAAUCUUCUAGGAGGAGUUUGUGUGACUGUCCCGGUGUGGGUUGUUUGUCCGUUUGUUUUGAUUUCCUCUUCUCCUGGGGGACAGCUGUGCUCUGCCUUGGCCUCACAUUCUAACCAUUUGUUCCCUCAUCAGCAAUAUCUAGCUUGUAUGACUCUUAGGAAGGGCAAGUCGAAUCAGUUCAGAACUGAAUCCUUCAGACUGGUCUUAUGAGCCAGGGUUCCAGACUCAUCCUCCAGGGUUCUCCCAUACCCCGAGUAGGAGUAGUCUGGGUCACCUUCCACUGGUCCUAGGGAUUCCCCAGGCAGUGUGCACUGUGAUGAGCACCUAGGAGUCCACCAUUAACACCUGCACCCUGCCCUGCUGUGGACUGAGGGAACUUCUCAAAAAGCAGGCCAAUCCAGAGGCAGCCCUGUCUAUAGCCCACUCCACUCCAGAGCCACUGAAUGAUGAUUUAAUGACAGUGACCAAGGUUUUGUAAAUUUCUGGUACUUUUUUUCUCCAUGUACAAAUGUAUAUGUUGUUUCAAUUUUGUGCUUAAAUAAAGACAUUUUCAGACAACA